GAAACUCGGGGCGCCAGACUUGAGAGUUGAGGGGGAACUAGGCAUUUCAUCUUUAAUUUACGUUCUCUGUUCUAAGGCAUCCAGUCAUGAGGUUCAAAACCUCCUUGCUGAAUAAGCCAAAACACACAGAUCUUGUGUCUUGUGUGGGGUGGAUGUCACCUGAUGAAGUUUAUUCUUGUGGAGAUGAUCAACAGUUACUUCAAUGGAAUUUGUUGUCUGGUGAGACAACAAAGGUUAGUGAUUUGCCAAAAGAUGUGUAUCCAUUGGACCUCCACUGGCUACCCAAGACAGCCAUGCAAAAAUCAAAAGUUGGAUCAGAAGUUUUUCUUCUUACAGCUGCUGAUGGCAAGUUUUACAUAGUUGGUCGCAGUGGUCGGACAGAUAAAGUUGUAGAAGCUCAUCGUGGAGCUGUAUUAGCAGGCCGCUGGAGCCACGAUGGAGCUGGUCUUGUUACAGCUGGAGAAGAUGGCCUUGUGAAGAUAUGGUCUCGCAGUGGAAUGCUGCGAUCAACUUUGGCGCAAGUUCCAGUUCCUGUAUAUGGUGCAGCUUGGGCCCCAGACUCUGAUGCUGUCAUCUACACUAGUGGUUAUAAUCUCAUUAUAAAACCUCUAGCACCAAAUUCAAAACCUAUUCAGUGGAAGGCCCAUGAUGGAGUAAUUCUGAAGGUUGCAUGGAACCCCAAUACUGGAUUGAUUUUGUCAGGUGGUGAAGACACAAGGUAUCGUGUUUGGGACAACUUUGGCCGCCAGUUAUAUUCGUCAUCUCAACAUCAUCACCCAAUUACAUCUUUAUCCUGGUCCCCUGAUGGACAACUUUUUGCAGCUGGAUCAUUCAAUACUCUCCGACUUUGUGAUAAAGCUGGAUGGUGCCACUCUCUUGAAAAACCAAAUACAGGGAGUAUUUUUAACUUGGCAUGGUCAAGUGAUGGCACACAGGUUGCUGGAGCCUGUGGAAAUGGCCAUGUGAUCUUUGCACAUGUUAUUGAAAAUCACUUGGAAUGGAAGAAUUAUGAGGCAACAGUGACAAGCCGUAAGACAAUUGCAUUACGAAAUGUCACAAAUGAAGCUUGGGAGAAGCUAGAGCUUCGCGAUCGAAUAAUCAAAGUAUCGCUGUCUCAUGGCCACCUUGUAGUGGUAACCUCAACACAAGCAUAUAUAUAUUCAACACGUAAUUGGAACACUCCCAUUAUACUGGAGCUCAAAGAAUCUAAUGCCAGUUUAAUUGUUCAGUCGGAGAGACAUUUCUUGGUUGUUGAUGGAGCUAGUGUUUAUAUAUACUCCUAUGAUGGACGUUUGCUGUGCUCACCUCGUUGGCCUGGAAUGAGAACUGAUGUUUUAAACAACCGCACUGUCUCAUUAUCAGAUGAUACACUUGCAAUCAGAGAUAAGACUGAUGAAAAGCUUGUCCAUCUAUUUGAUUCAACAACAGGCAAAGCACUGAAUGAUGGAAAGCCAUGGACACAUAAAACUGAAAUAAUUGAGGUAGCAUUAGAUAAAGUUGGGACAGCUCAUGAGAGACGUAUGGCAGUUGUUGACCGGAACCGAGAUCUGUUUCUUGUAAACAUACAGCGUGUAGGAGGAAUGGGUAGGGCAGUUAAACUUGGUGGAAUGGUACAGUCUCUCUGCUGGAAUGAUGGAGCAAACAUGCUUGCAGCUCUCCAAGAUGCAAAGUUCACUGUCUGGUUUUAUCCAGCUGUAGUCUUUUUUGAUCGUGACUUACAGUCUUCAACCAUUUCUGAAAAAGAUGCAACUGAAUAUGGAAAAAAUGCAGUAGUAGACAGCUUCUUAGACACUGUAGUGACAGUGAGGCGGGCAGAUGGAAGCUUAGUUACCGCAAAUGUUUCACCAUACCCAGCCCUGCUCCACAACUAUGUAACAGCUAAACAUUGGGAUGAUGCUGUCAGACUGGCUCGGUUUGUGAAAGAUGACACAGUAUGGGCUUGCUUGGCUGCAAUGGCUACAGCAUAUAAAGAACUGAAUACAGCAGAAGUAGCAUAUGCAGCUAUAAAUGAAGUUGACAAGGUGCAGUACAUACAUUAUAUAAAAGAGAUUCCAAUAAAGGAAGCCCGAAUGGCAGAAAUGGCAUUAAUGGGUGGCCAUACAAGUGAUGCAGAAUCUAUCUUACUGCAGUCAGGACUACAUUUCAGAGCCAUAAUGCUGAACUUGACUACAUAUAACUUUGAGCGUGCUUUACAGCUUGCCAUAAAACAUCGUACUCACGUGGAUACUGUAAUUGCAUUCCGGCAACGCUAUCUUGCACGUUUUAAUAAGAAUGAAACAAGUAAAGUAUUUCAGCAAUAUGAAAAACAGGUUGAAGUUGACUGGAAAAAGAUACAAGAAAAGAUUGAGCUGGAGUUCCAGACAGAAAGAGAAAAACCAACAUCAUCGAAAUAGGUCACUGAGAGACCUUUUGCCUGUUGGAAACAGAUUGUGCUGAUAGUAUCUGUACUUUUUAUUGAAAACUGCAAGGUACAUUAUUUUAUUUUUCAUGAAAUUUUAAAAGAACAAAAAUAUAUUCAUUGGUAUGCAAUGUACAGUUAACCCAUUGCCGCUGGGGAAAAUGAACAAAUAAUGGGGAAAAUGCUGUGCCUAUUUUAUAUAUUUUUUUGUGAAAUGUUUGCCCAUAGAUGGCUCUGUUAGUGCCUGAUUUGAAAUGGCGGGAAAAACUUAUUUUUCACUAGUGCCAUGAAUAUCGAUGAUGUUAUUUUUAUUAUAAACAUUAUAAUUAUUAAAAUGUUUUUUAACAUUAGUAACAGAAAAUUAAGAUAACGUAAAAUAUUUCGUAAAUCAAAGAAAAGGGUGAAUGGGCGAGACAGGCGGUACUCGUAACUGGCUCAUUGGUGAUUUAGUACAAGUGUAGCCAUCUAUGUGUGAAAACAAUCAAACAAGUAAUCUCACAGUGGGCAUGGCAUGGCAUGCCUGUCGGCAAUGGGUUAAAAGCAUAUUCUUAGAGGUGUAAUCAGUUAUGACACUGAAUACUAAAGUAAUCAACUGAAUGUGUCCUUGAUUGUUUAACACUGUUUCAGCAUAAUAAUACCUGGAAUAGCUAAAGGCAAAUUCUAAUAUAGAUAGACACAUUAUAUGUGUGUGUGUGUAUGUUUGUAUGUAUUUAUUUAUAAGUAUGUAUGAGUAAUGACACAUCUAUAUAUAUUUGAACAGACAAAUAUUUCUGUCUGUAAUUAUUGGUUCUAGUCAUGCACUAUUUGUAUGGGCUUUGAUGGUGUUUUCUUUUGAAGGGUUUUUAUUGGGCAGAUGAGAUCUUUUAUUCCAAAAGGAUGUGUUUCCAAAUCCUGAGCCAAUGUCUACAGCCAUUUGUUUUUUUCUACUACAGUACAGCUACCCCACAAAUAUUUCAAUGUAUUUCAGUAUAUUUAUACUACUUAUAUUUAGUGUAUAUUCAUACCCAUGACAUGACACAGGCACAUGCAGAUGGAUAUUGAUUCUUACACACACACACACACACACACACACACACACACACACACACACACACACACACACACACACACACACACACACACACACACACACACACACACACACACACACACACACACAUACACACACACACAUAUGCAUGCACAUAAACACAUAUACAUUUAACCCAAUUGUCCCUUGUAGAUGCUUUCCAAAAGUCAAGGAAAAUGGUAAACAGGUGAGAUAGGCAGGACUUGUAGAGCCAUCUUUGUGUAAAUACAAUAAAUAAACUUAUUUUACAGUGAACAUGGCAUGUAUUCUUGCCAUCCAUGCUGAUUGGGUUAAAUGUACAAAGUAAUAUGCUCUUCACAAAGGUAUUUUUCUAUCAAAUUUUAUUAGACACACUUGACUGAAUAUAUACACCUUUAGGAGUAGAUGAAACAAAGCAUCUUCUAUGCACAGUGUUAGAUGUUUAUUCUUCACUGUAUAGGUAUAUAUGAAGCCAAUGCUUAUGAAAUGUUGUAAGUGACCAUCUCACCACUGUUUACAGUGGAUAACUUCUUUACCUAGUCAUUAGUGAUAGAUUCUGUGUUAUAUUAUGUAAUUCUUUUAUUUAUCAUCAGAGAAUUAUAUCCGUCCACAGACAAAUAAAG